AUGUCGCUGGAGAUUUCGUCUGACUUGAAAGAUAACGAUGCAAUUGCUUCUUUAGCAUCUCCAGAUGUAUCCUCGAAAGAUGAAGCAAGUUUAAAAAGUGAAGGAAAGGUUAUAGAAAAGGAGUCUUCUUCUGAUGAUUUGAAUGCUCCUAUAUCGCCACCAGUUCCAUCUCCUACUAUCGAAGAGAAUGAUACUACCAACGGAAGUGUUGACAAUAUGGAUGUUGACGUUGAAAAAGAGACUGAAGAGGUCUCGGCUACUAGUGUAGUUGAGGCCGAUGCUCAACCUGAACAAGAGGCUGCUAGCAGUGCUCCAGUUGAGGAGGAAAAUGCUAAGCAGGCUGCUGAGCAAGAAUCGCUAGAAGAGUCGAGCAAACCUGCUGAGACUACUGAACCUUCAGAGACUGUCAAGGCUGAAGCUACUACUGAAACAGAGAGUAAAGAAAGCCAGCCAGAAGAAGUACGACGCUUGGCUGAGGAUGACAAAGCCGAUACUGCCAGUCUAUCCCCAAAUACAUCCAGCUCGGAGAAGCAUGAUAGACCUAAUGAUGAUGCCGAACCUAACGGUACGGCGAAAAAGCUCAAAACCGAGUCUGGAGAUGCUGUAGUUGCUGAGACCACUGCUGCUGCUACUACAGUACCUGCUGAAGCCAAUGCUAGUGGCGCCACUCCGGCUACUGCCACAAGUAAUGCGGCAGCGGCAGCAUCUGCUAUCGAGCACCCAGAUUACUCUCUUUUAGACCCUGUCGAACCUGCUGAGGCCAUGCCAAAGCACCAAAAUAAGUUUGCUCUCUCUGUUGUUCGUUUGGUCAAGAGACUGAAAGAUGCACAGCCUUUUGUUCAACCAGUCGAUCCUGUGAAGUUGAACAUUCCUACUUAUUAUGACUACGUUAAAGAGCCAAUGGAUUUAGGAACUAUGGAGAAGAAGUUGACUGCCAACGAAUAUCCCACCGUUGUGUCUUUUGUGCAUGAUCUAGACUUGAUCAUUUCAAACUGUAUCUUGUUCAAUGGCGCCGAGUCAUUUAUUUCUAACAUGGCUCGUAACUUGUCUACCUCGUUUCACAAGCACAUGACCAACAUGCCCAAAUAUGAUGCUCAGUCGAGUGUUUCAGGAAAGCCUAAGAAGAAGUCGUCUAUUCUGCCAGGUUCCAGUCCUCUUGGAACUCCCAAGCUUCAAAGGGCUGCCGCUGUGGCUGCUAAUGCUGCUAAUGCUACUGGUGGUGCUUUGGUCAAAGAUGAGCUAGAUGUUAGUGGUACUCCUAAAGGAGCUACCCCUAACCGUCGUGGAUCAGUAGCUGACGCUAAACCUUUCGCUCUUCAACCAUCGGGUGUUCCUCUUAUUCGUAGAGAAUCUGCUGCUGAAGGUGGAAGACCCAAAAGAGAGAUCCACCCUCCAAAGUCUAAAGAUCUACCAUAUGGAGAUGUUAAGCCAAGGAGAAAGAAGUUUGCUGCUGAGCUUAAAUUCUGUGGUCAAGUGUUGAAGGAGCUGUUUAGCAAGAAACACGAGGCUUAUUCUUUCCCCUUUCUUCAACCGGUUGAUCCAGUUGCUCUCAACUGCCCAAGUUACUUCAAAAUUAUCAAGGAGCCAAUGGAUUUGGGCACUGUUCAAGACCGAUACAACAAGAACGCUUAUGAAAAUGCUGACGAGUUUGAGAGAGAUGUAAGACUUAUCUUCAAGAACUGUUACAAGUUCAACCCUGAAGGGUCACCUGUGAAUGUCAUGGGACAUAAGCUUGAAGCUGUGUUCGACAAAAAAUGGCAGGAGAAGCCUCUUCCUGCUCCCAGCCCACCUCCUAUCCUGGAUUCUUCUGAUGAAGAGUACUCGGAUUAUGAAGAAGAAAUUAAUGAGUCGAGAAUCACCAAUCCAACCAUUCAGCUUCUGGAGGUACAACUCGAGCAAAUCAAGUCUCAAAUUGCUACUUUGCGCAAGGAAGCAGUUCGAGAAGCUCGAGAGGCUCGCCGCAAUUCAAUUGCUGCUAAGAAGAGACGCAAGUCUGCAAAGGGUGUUGAUGGAAGACGAAAAUCCACAACUGGUGGUCGUAGAUCUAGCGGUAGUGGCCUUAUUGCUCCGGUUCACAUCACUUAUGAGAUGAAGAAAGAGCUUUCUGAGAAGAUUGGUUUAUUGCCAGAGAAGAAGCUCCGCCAUGUCGUUGGUAUUAUUGAGGAGAGCAUGCCACAAUUAAAGAAUUCUCCACAAGACGAGAUCGAACUAGACAUGGACCAACUCGAUCCAGAAACACUCAUGAGACUAUAUAACCUCGUUGUCAAGCGAGAGGAACGUAAAGCAAAGGCUCCAAAGGCUCCUAAUUCUUCGCGCAAGAAGAAGAACAGACCCUUGAGUGAAGCUGAGCAAAGUAGACAACUUGAGGAACUUCAAAAGAAAAUCAAGCAAUUCGACCGGAUCAAAGACGGUUCCUCUGAAGCGGACUCUUCCUCGGAGGAUGAAGAUGCUCCUGGCUCUCACACCAAUAACUUGAGCAGUGAUGAUUCAUCAUCAGAAGAGGAGUAG